GCCUCGUACAGGUGGCUGAUUCUGGGAUACAUCGAUUGACUUGGAACGGACACCUCGGAACUUUACAUCCCUCUGUGCAACGUGAUAUUCUCUCAGCCACCUCAUAAUUGCUCCUGAGAAAAUGUGGCUUGUACUCCGAGCUGACCUGUUAAAUACUUGCACUUCCGAGGCACAGUAUUCAUGUCCACGUGUAUAGAUCUGUACAACACUGACCGUGGUUCCAUCUACCUGACUUCAUCACAUCUCACACCACGUAGCACUAUCCCGCCGAGAAGGUCUAGCCUGGACUGCGCAAACCUUGGAAAACGUGAGACCUGUUCAAGCAGGUUCCAGCUCUGCCAAAGGACCUUAGCAUUUAUAGUGUAGACCUUACCAAGGCGUUCCGACUCGUUGGACACGCCCUUGUUGGAUGCGCAGUCGAUUGUGUCCAGCAUGUGAAGCCAGCUUCUCAGGCGUCAUGUACCACUUCCAACACGCUCGAUGUGUACAACCAACCAUGAGCGCAGCCAACAACAGCUCACACUGUUGGUACUAACGCCACUUCUCCUUCAUCAUCACAACAACAACAACAACAACAACAGCGGCAACUCGAUCCUGCUUCCUCUUCAAAUCACCCACGACUCAACUUCCUUGAACAACCAGAAACAGCACCUGCGACUACCUUGCAGCGAAGUCUGCAUCUGCAUCUCCAAGGUACUGCUGUUUGCUGCUGCCACAACAUUUCGUCUCUCGGCACGUGGCAAUCUUCACCUCGAGCUACAUUGCGAAGAUUCCAAAGAUCUCGACCAAUCUGGACUGCAGACAUCUGUCCAAUCCUGCAGACUCAUCGGCAUUCAUCACCAUCAUCAUCUUCAGCGGCCAUCCAUGAACAUAGCCAGCAGGCGCACCUGAGAUAACACCCUCCGAGCUUUGCCACAAUGCCGCCGAGCAUCUACACCAAACACAACGAGAAACACGGGAGCGGAAAGGCGCUUUUCCUGAUCGUAUCGGUCGUGACGGCGGGACUAUGCAGUCUGUAUCCGAUAGCUUGCUUCAAGAACUACAGCGCCAAAGAGAGACGCAAGCAGAAGAUGAAAGCAGCGGAAGAGGAGAAGCGCAAGAAGGAGGAAGACGCGUACCGUCCACCAAAGCAAGUUCGACGUCGAUCUUACUCUCCCGUCGCUCAUCUGCCUCCUCCACAUCGUCGCCGUUCGUCCUCGAGACGCCCGCACGAGAACCGCCACGGCAGUCGCCAUCGGAGCAACUAGGAGAACGAAGACUCUCCCGAAACGAGCUCUCGCUCUCACACGGGGCACCGGUCGAACGACCAGAGCCUGGACCAGGAUCGACAACAUCGCCAUCAUGGUCACGCACCUCCGAGGAAAUAUCAUCACAGCUCUUGGGACGGCGUACUGGCACCGAUGCCGACCUUUGCCGUGUAGCAUCAGAUUCGAUACAGCAAUAUAGCUCGGACAUGAGGUCACUGCUGGCGAAGACAACGUUGACGAUACCACACGCGCUACCACCCGAUCUCACCAUUGCACCAACACCCAGUUCUAGUCAUUCCCAUCAUUCCGCCAAUUCUAUAUCGUCGAUUACCUCGAACGAGUCCUACGCGAGCAGCUUUGCCUAUGGUGUUCGAAGAAGCAAGCCGGACCUGAGACUGCUCCGAAAGGGCAGCAAACCUUCGCAACAUCUCAAACCAAAGCCAUCACUUCUCAAACCAGCGGCAGACGGCCGACGCUCGCCUUCAUUCUACCAACCUAGGGUAGUCGAAGACACUGGGGUCAUUGCGUUGACUUCCAGACCUCUCACGCCAUUACCACACACAGUGAUACCAGUGUCCCUGACAUUGUCCGAGUUGUUAAAAUCAGACACGAUGGUCAAGCCCGUCCAGAGAGUGAACACUUCUGGGUCUGAUACCAUACAAUCAAGGCGGAAAGGGCAUGCUUCUGCACUGAAGCCCGCCAUAUCGAAUCUGGCACUGUCUCGACCGAUUCUGUCCCAGCAAUUCGUCGACUCUACAGUGCCGAUCGAGCUACCGCAUCGGCGUCCAGCAAAGGCUUCUCGACAAUUACGCUUUGAUGAAACCUUGCACAUGAUGUAUAGUGGACGAUCGUCGCCUCGUGGCUUCGCGGUGAACAGCCACCUGAACCAGGCAGAUCCAGCUACAGGAUUCCGAAAGAACAGUCACAUUACCGCACGGGCUCAUAAGAAGCACAAUCCAGACGUCACGCCGCCCGAGAACGAAGCCGAUGCGUCUGGGGACACAGUCUUCCAGUACGGCGACUCAUACUUCCAUACUUUUGAUAACAAUUUGAAAUACAAUAAGGAGCUUGUACCCGCACCGACACGUGCCAGUGGGAGGUUUCGUUCUGUGGUUCAGGCCAUAUCUGCGGCGACGUCGCGCAGGUCAGAACAGGUUGGAGAGACUAUAGCAAAAGCGGCAGUUGGGGUUCCCCUGGCAUCGACCUCGAAGAAGAGACCUUCAAGCGCAUUGUUCGGUCUAUCCAGGAAGUCGACGGUUAAGGUGGAUAUGAAAGAUGAGACACUACGCGGAAAUCGUACUGCUCGCAGGUCGAGAUCUAAGGGGAGGAGGUUUGGCACACCAGAGACUUCACCCCGGCCGACACCGUUACCGAUGCCAGAGACCCCCAUCAUCACCUUGGACACUCCGACCUUACUGGACAGCGAUGGAGACCGGAAAGGAUCCAUUGUGCCAGAGCUCCGGAUCCCUUCAUACUGUUCUCGACCAAGAAUGCGCCGCUUCGACAGUGAGUGGUCCUCAUGUCCUUCGCCCGGCCAUGCCUCACCAGGAUCCAGCGAGGCAAUUUCAGAAUCGGGCUCUACGUCACCGUAUCCACAGCGAUCGCGGCGUCAGCGCAGGUCUUCCUCGGAGGCGCUCUCUCCAAUGAGCCUCGCGCCGAUGGGUAUGACUCGGAUGCCGCCUGUUAUACAAUCUCGAAGCCCGCACACUGACUACGGGGAAGCAAAAGUCACAGAAGGUCAUGUUUCACCAGAUCUCAGGCCACGUCCAGGCGUUGAAGCAGCGUCGGGAGCUGGUCACGAAUCACCAGUUUCCAACACACAGAAGCCCGCGAAGGCUCUAGCUUCCACAUCUGUCGUCGAGGCUGGGGCAGUACCCACGAAGGCGAGUCUGGAUCAGAUAGGUGUACACUCCAACCGCAUUCUCAGGAGAAAGCCAAGCGUGUGGAAAGGCGUGAAGCAUGGACUGCGCAAGAUGUCGUCACUGAGAGGCUUCCGUGAGGAAGAAGCAGUCAGCAAUGAUUGGAAGACAUCGGCACACAAGCGGUCUUCAGUCAUGCCCAGGAUAUCAUUGCCAAGCAUUAGUCUUCGAGCGUCUCGAUCUUCAAUCAACGUGCGCAAUGGAAGACUCGUGCGAAAGGUAUCUCGAAGCAGCCAGCUCGAGCGAGCAUAGAGUGAUAGCGAUGACGAGGCGCUUUCCGAGCAUGAGAAGACGGCAGGUCGUCCUGGAGACAGCCAAAAUACUUUGGGCCUUUCAAUGGGAAUAGCAAUCAGACCAGAGGACUUGGUUGUGACGGAGUUUGAGCAGACGCCGUUCAGCAAGCGAUAUUACGACGCUAUCCGUGCAGAACAACAGAGUAUCCGGGCACUCAUGGAUGAAACGAUCGAGCAAGACGAUGAAGCAGAUGACGAGAUUGUGCUCGGGUUUGAGCAGAAUGUGCCGGAUCACCUUCCGAGCAGUCCUGUUUGCCCUCUCAAUCCGAAGCACAAAAGCGGCGGCAAAGCCAUCUGCCCGCUGCAUGGAAAGUACAAGAGGCGAAAGUCGUUACCCAGUCCACGGCACAAGGUGGAGAUUGUAUUCGACACGAGGGAAGAGCAGCUCGACGCGAGAGCUUUGGGGCGAGGGGGCGAGGGGGCAGAAUUGUUCCUUGGCGGUCGACUGGAAGGAGAGUCGUAUCCAUCGUCUGCGGCUAUGGAAAGGCGACGCCUGCAAACGUCCAGCAUGGGCAGCGAUGGAACGGAGUCGAUUGUGGUGCAGCUACGUGAGGUUCGAUCACGGCCUAGACGGCGUCGGCGGGAGCAGCGAAGCUCGGAACAUCGUGGUCGGAGCUUGAAGCGAGGCGAGUCGGCGGUGGAUAUUCGGCGACGGCGUCACCAAAAGGCGCGGAGGUGUAUACAGCCCUAGGUCUGGUGGUAGAGUAGUCAUUCAUGGUGAUGAGGGGGGGCAAAGUAGGUAAGGU